GCAGAGAUGCCAGUGCGCGCCGUCACCACCAGGUUCAUGUACAAGGGGCUGUGCACCAUCCCGGAUGUCCUUACCUACCGGACCCCUGUAAAUCUGCCUGAGGAUGAGCUGGAGGAAAUCCGAGAGGCGUUCAAAGUGUUCGACCGCGACGGGAACGGCUUCAUUUCCAAACAGGAGCUGGGAAUGGCCAUGCGCUCCCUGGGCUACAUGCCUAACGAGGUGGAGCUGGAAGUCAUCAUUCAGAGACUGGACAUGGACGGAGACGGUCAGGUGGACUUUGACGAGUUUGUCACAUUGCUCGGACCCAAGCUGUCCGCGGCCGGAAUGCCCGAUAAGUUCCACGGAGCAGAUUUUGAUUCUGUUUUUUGGAAGUGUGAUAUGCAGAAGCUGACGGUGGACGAGCUCAAGCGCCUUCUGUACGACACUUUCCGCGACCACCUCACCAUGAAGGACAUCGAGAACAUCAUCAUGACUGAGGAGAACCACCUCAACAGUCCCGAGUCGCACGUCGACAUCGACACGAGCCCUACACAACAGGAGAAGCACACGUGUGUGCGCAAAAGCCUGAUCUGUGCCUUCGCCAUCGCGUUCAUCAUCAGCGUCAUGCUCAUCGCGGCCAAUCAGAUGCUGCGGAGAGGAAUGAAGUAA